CCGUGACGCCACGCGGAGGGGUGGAGUUCCCGUUGUGCGUGACGCAGUCCGUGCACGCCGGGCGCGGGCGGCGGCAAGAUGGCGGCAGCGGGCCCCGGGGAGGUGGAGCGGCUGGACUUCCUGCGGGAGCGGCAUGUGCGCUUCUUCCAGCGCUGCCUGCAGAUCCUGCCCGAGCGCUACUCGUCCCUGGAGACCAGCAGGUUGACAAUUGCAUUUUUCGCGCUCUCUGGUCUGGAUAUGUUGGAUUCCUUAGAUGUGGUGAACAAAGAUGAUAUAAUAGAAUGGAUUUAUUCCCUGCAGGUCCUUCCCACAGAAGACAGAUCAAACUUGAAUCGCUGUGGCUUCAGAGGCUCUUCAUAUUUAGGGAUGCCAUUCAAUCCCUCCAAGGGCCCAGGUAUGUCGCAUCCCUAUGAUAGCGGGCACAUAGCAAUGACUUACACAGGUCUGUCAUGUCUGGUUAUUCUUGGAGAUGAUUUAAGUCGAAUAAAUAAAGAUGCCAUAUUGGCAGGACUGAGAGCUCUGCAGCUGGAGGAUGGAAGUUUCUGUGCGGUGCUGGAAGGAAGUGAGAAUGACAUGAGGUUUGUGUAUUGUGCUUCCUGCGUCUGCUACAUGCUCGAUAACUGGUCAGGCAUGGAUAUGAAAAAAGCGAUAGACUACAUUAGAAGAAGUAUGUCUUACGAUAACGGCCUAGCGCAAGGACCUGGACUCGAAUCUCAUGGUGGCUCUACAUUCUGUGGCAUUGCAUCGCUGUGUUUGAUGGGUAAACUGGAGGAAGUUUUUUCAGAAAAAGAGUUGGACAGAAUAAGAAGGUGGUGUAUAAUGAGACAACAGAAUGGCUACCAUGGACGACCCAACAAACCUGUAGACACUUGCUACUCCUUUUGGGUGGGAGCAACAUUGAAGCUCUUGAACAUAUUCCAAUACACAGAUUUUGAGAAAAACCGCAAUUACAUCCUGUCAACUCAAGAUCGCCUUGUUGGUGGAUUUGCCAAGUGGCCAGAUAGCCAUCCAGAUGCUUUACAUGCCUACUUUGGGAUCUGUGGUUUGUCAUUAAUUGGAGAAUCUGGUAUUUGCAAAGUUCAUCCUGCCUUGAAUGUAAGCACAAGAACCUCAGAGCGCCUUCACCACCUUCAUCAGAUCUGGAACAAGGACUCUAAAUAGUGUUCAGAAGACACACACCUCUCUACAUGA